AUGCGCUGCUUCCUUGCGAUUGCGACUGGACUGUGGGUUGGGCUUGCCGCGGCGGGGACGACGAACUACUUAUAUCGAGACGCGAGUGAGGCUAGAGAGAUCGAGGUGUUGCACUAUAGCGCCAGCGAGGGACACACCACUCUCUCCGUACCUUGCUCAGGCUGCUUACCGGGAGAAGCUGACGAGUCUCUGGUCUUUGACAUUCAGGUCAACCCUACACCCGACCCCACCAGCUCAGAGGUGAUCGUAGGUGGGAAGACAUUGCACUUGACCUGGAACGAGGGACACGCGAUCGAGUCAUCGACAACUCUUAACCUGCCAGAUUCUUCUUCUACCCUUCGUCAGGUCGACGUCUCCUGGGAAGGUGUGGUUGAUUCGCCGCCCAUUUCACUUUUUGGAGACGGAAGGCCAACCCAGAACGUCAACUUUGUCGCGAAGUUCUCCGAUCUUGAACCAUCAACGUUGUUCAGCUUUAUCCUCAUUAUGCGGCCUUCUUCCGAGGACCGUCUUGUCGCCGCGGUACCACACAUACAGGGCGCCCCAAUGGUCACCUUUGGAGCUUACAGAGACUUUUCCUCCUCCGAAAGUUUCAGCUACGCCUCCGAGGUGGACGAGAAAGCAGAAAGCUCCCGCAGCGACGAGUACGAUGAGAAACCGCAGGACCGCCAUAGCGAUGACUUUGAUCUGGAAGGAGAGGUAGAGACACUCCGCCUUCUCGAACACCAAGCGCAUCAGCUCGACGUCCAAAUCUCGGCAAGACGGAAAGCAAUCGCUUAUACACUCAAGCAGGAUCGCGACAAGCUAUGUAUUAAACACCUCGUUAAGGAGUGCGACGGCGUCACCUGUGCCGCUCGAGCUGUUCUGCAGCGGAUAUGUGACAAGGUCGGCGUACGGACUGAUCCUACAUAUGGCUUCCCCCGAGUGAAGAAUUCAGGGACGCAGAAGUCCAUUGCAUUUCAUCCGGACCAGAGGCUGGGUUCGCAUAACUGCACAGGCGAGAAGAGUCACCUGGCGGAAAGCGCCAAUAUACCUUUGAUCCAGACGAAGGGCGACAACUAUGACUUCCAUGCUGCCUAUUACAACCAGUCGUUCGACCUCAUCAAUCCAUCUAAUCAAUUCCUCCGAGCGGUUCAGAUAGUGGCCGGCCUUCUCGGCAUCACGGCUAUCAUCGCAUUCAUCAAGCGGAGAUGCAUGUCCGUAAGGAGACGACGAGAGCGUGCUGCAGAUCUCGAGGAGAGGCGGAACGCGCGAGCAUACAAGCGGGCAGCCCGUCGGGCAUUGAUGCGGAAACGGUGGAACAACUUCCUCAACACCAUCAACUGCUUUGGCAGCAGGCAUGAUCCCAUUCCAGGUGACUACGAAGAGAAGCGAGCUCUCAUUCUCCAAGACUCCUUCCUCGAGCAGGAUUUGGACCAAGCAGAGAAGGGUGAGGUCAUGGAGGCAGAGCUCCGCGAGCUGAGAUAUGCCCACGAGAUCGUUUCGAGUCUGGUCCGAGUGGAUGACCAUCGGUACGCCGUCGCUACGAACGUACACGACCCUCCGCCUUCGAUGGUGCCGCUUCCACCACCACGAUACGCCUCUCGACCUCAAAGCACUCGCUCCAGAGCCGCGAGCACCUACACACUCCCUUCAUAUUUUUCAGAAAGUCUUCCUGACUACACCUCCCGACCUGGAUACGACACAGACAGCUCAAGCAGCGUUGCGAACGGGUACACGCCGUCAACUUCAGAGAGUCAAGGCCGACAGUCGCCGGUCACACCACCUUCAGACUGCUCGAGGCGGACUCGGUACACUCCUACAAGCAGUGUGCUGGAGAUGUCACCGCGGGCGAGCGAGGAGACUUUGCGAACUCGGCCUUCUGGGGACAGGCAGUGUCGGGGGCAGAGCCUGGAUUCUGUUUUGAGGAUGUAG